AGCAAUGGAGAUGGACGGCAUUUACAAUGUGCUGCAGAAUCCCUCGGAGGAUGUCUACUCCACAGUAAACCAACCCCAGGGCAAGAGAGCAGGUGCACAACAGGAUGACCCCACCCCGCUUGUGAGUGCUGCUGGCAAAACCUCUUCAUACAGACAGCCUGCACUGAUCCUCCUCAUCCUGUGCUGUCUCUUACUGGCUGCCAUCAUGUCCCUCACUGUCCAUCAUUUCAGAACUAAAGACCCUGAGAAAUACACCAGCCUGUCCACAAAUCAUUCAUCAUUACUGAAUCAGCUACUCCAAAAAGAAAAUUCUGAAUUGAAAAAGAACAAUACUGAGCUUUCUAUGAAAUUAUCACUCUUGGAUAAAUACUGUCCUCUCAAAGAAGGCUCUUCAGAGGAGCGAGUUUGUUGUCCAGAGAAGUGGCUGCAGUUCAAUGGAAAGUGCUACUACUUCUCAACUGAUACAAUGAACUGGCACUCCAGUCGGGCUAGCUGUGUGUCAAUGGGAGCAGACCUGGUGAUUAUAGAGAGCGAGGCAGAGCAGAGAUUCUUAAUGAAUGCAGCUAAAGCCCAGACUGCAAGGAAUCGCUACUGGAUUGGUCUGACUGAUGCUGUUACUGAAGGAGUUUGGCUCUGGGUGGACGGCACUCCUCUCAAUGACAAGGCACAGUACUGGUACACUGGUCAGCCUGAUGACUGGAAGGAAGGUGAGGACUCGUCCGGGGAGGAUUGUGCACGUCUUGCAUACUCGAUAGACUGGGCAGAUCCUCUCAAAGUCUGGCAUGAUUCAUCGUGCACACAGAAAAAAUAUAGAAGGAUUUGUGAAACCAUGGCAGUGAUAAUCAAUACAUAAAACCAAUGUGGCUCUGUUUCACUUUCUUUCUCUUUUAAUAGCAAACAAGCUAAAAUAUGAAUCCCACAAGUUAUUUGCAUUUCACUGUACAGCGCUGUCGUUGCCCAGUUGAAAAACCCAGCACCACCCAUCUUGCAGAUGCCUUUAUCCGCCAUGAUCAAGCUCUUCAGCCACGUGUACAAUGCUAAUGUGAAAUGGCUACAGGAAAGCAAAAGCUUAAGCUUAAGUUUUUUUUUUUUUUUCAUAAACCUAUGCAUUUUGCUAUUGUGUAAAAUUACCUGACACUAAUGUAAGUGUAUACCGCACUGUGCAUGAAGAGGGUUUUUGGUGUAAAUGUAUAUUGUAAACAGUGUGUAUUUAUUGUUAUUAAUUGAAGUACCUGACGCUCCUGGGACAGCCUGCCUGCUGUGUGUGAUUACCAGGUGUGGAAUCUAAUCAGCAGGUAGGUGUGUUCCAAUGGGGCGUCAAGUAUGAAAAGGUUCCAUUUAUUCAACUCAUGGCUGCUGCAAAACCAAAGACAAUUGGGCUAAAGAAGCUGAAAUUCACCAGUGUGUGUGUGAGAGAGAGAGAGAGAGAGAGAGAGAGAGAGAGAGAGAGAGAGAGAGAGAGAGAGAGAGAGAGAGAGAGAGAGAGAGAGAGAUUGCGUGAGUGACUGUGUGAGAGAGAACCAGAACCAGGGUUGGAUACCAAGAGAGCGAGUAAGCAAGUCGAAACCGCCGACAGCAGGGCGAGUAGCAGGAGUUUGUUCAUUUAUGAACAGAGAAGAUUAGUUCAGAGAUUGUAGAUCCCAGCAAAGUUUUCAUACACUUUGCUGUUUGUACUCCGUGUGCUACCAUUGCUAGUAGUGUGAGCUGUUCAGUGUGUUGAGAUGCAAAUAAAUCCUGUUCGCCUGCGCGGGGCACCCUCCAUCUCCAUCCGGCAGACGGCUACCCUGUCACAAGCAUUAAUACCCUGUAUCUUUCUAAACAAGGGAUUUAGAUGAGCUCCCUCAUAAAAGUUGAAUCUCAAAACGGUAAUUGUGUGAAUAUAGUAAUUGUUACAGCUGUAUGUACUGAUAUUUAAAACAGGAUUAAUUUAUUCGACUGUUUAUAUAUCCACCCUUACUCUGGUCCCACCGCAGUCAGAUAUGUGACAAACUACUUUACUGGGUAGUUUGGGGGAAAAAUGAAAAUGUCUUUUACGGCAAGGAAUUAGGUAUUUCUGUAUUGGCUUCUCCAGGUCAGCGGUAGCAAUGUGUGGAUAGUGAACUUUAUCUUGCCUCCUUUUCUGUAUCUUUUCAUUAUCAACAAAAAUACAUGAUUGGAAUUUUAAAAU